AUGGCGUGCUGCACGAGGCCGCUGGCGCUGCUCGCCACGGCGCUCGCUGCGGCAUCGGCUGGCGGCAGCCUGCGCGCGCCGCGCACGCCGCCGCGCUACAGCGUCGACCUCUCGAGGCCUCCGCGCGAGCGCUGGGCGGAGCCACUCCAGGACUUCCUGGAGAAAGAGGGGACGAG